AUGACAGAAGUACGCGGCUCAGCAUUAAAGAUGCAAAGGUAAUAUUUUUCAUAUUUGCACGUAAGGUAAACAGAUAUGUUCUCGCAAUCUGCAGACUAGAAGGCUAGUUGUAGUUACUGAUAACAGUUACUGUAAAAAGGAGUUCGGAAUGGAUAUUCCAAUGAGCUCGGCUAUGCUUACUAGUGAUUGUAGUGUGCUUCUACUGUAAAAACAUUGGUACCCUACGGAUUGAAUUGAUUGUUGCGGGUAUAGUGCAAUGGUACAGUCUCUCUCCCUCUCUCCUUUUUCUCUGUCUGUGAAAUUAAGAAGUGCUCUUCCAUUGACAAUUCGCUCAACAAUGUUGCAGCUACUGCCUCUCUUUUCUGAAGUAUGUAUCUGCUUCCUCCCUGUAUGUUCCAGCCGCAAGCCCAAACCUCAGUUUGCCGACUGGCUGAUAGAACAGGUGUUGACCGGGCAAUACGCCGGUUUGUGCUUUGUGGACAACAACAAGUUCAGAGUUCCGUGGAAACACAUCUCUAGGAAGGACUGCUGCGAGGACGACAGUAAAAUAUUCAGGGUAAGGAAUAGGCUUACAUUGUGGAAGGUUGUGUUUUGAAGAGAUUCAAGGAAAUAGAGGGUGUGGUUUGAUUGCAAACUGCACGUCAUGAGUCAUGAUAUUGUAAUGUUAUACAAAUCUAUCAUAAACUUGUUAUGACACUUCAAUUAGCCUUUCAUCAUUGUUAUGUUGACAGGUUUGGUCAGUUGGCAUGGCAUUAUUUUGCCUCCUAGCUACAGGAUAUUGCAGAAAUUAAACUCCCAAAUUCUUUGGUGGUUACAGGCAUGGGCAGUGGUCAGUGGUAAAAUCAACACGCAUCCCAAUGACAAGGCAAAGUGGAAGGCUAACUUUCGCAGUGUACUGAACAACCUGACCAAGCGUUUCAUGAUGGUGGAAGACCACUCCAAGGACUCAGACGACCCCCAUAAAGUCUACCUGAUUAUCAACAAUGAGUGUAUGAUCACUAUGGCUUGUGUAAUGUAUCUAAAGUGUCACAAGACUGUGUUAGCCCACUGAGCUAAAGCCUAGACAUUAGCUCAGGUAGCCAACGCAAGUCUCCUCUUGCCCCAACUUUAAUUUGAUUAGGUAUUCUUGUUACAGAUAACUAUAAGAGCCCGCACAUAGAGGAAAUUGCUGUGGAGGACUAUGACAUUGACAUCUACAGCUCUCUCACUUCUACAGGCUACACCCCCCCAGGAAUGGAGGUACAGUCAUGUUAAAUCUAUAUUGAACUAGGAGCUGGUUGUCCAAUUCUGCCCUCCUAGAAAGCACUAUUCUAUUCUAUCUAUUCUGUUAUAUUCUGACUUGUUCAGUCUUUUUUGAGGACAAAUUAAUGUCAAACCAUUUCAAAUCUGUGAAUGUAUUUUUUCUCCAAACAGCAUGAUGAUCUACUCAAGCUUGUGGACACGUUAGACCUGAACCAACAUACUGGUACAGCACACCUCUCCACCUGCAGAAAGUCAACCCCUUACAAUGGCUUGUUUAAUACUCACACACAAAAACAUUUUUUUUUUCUGGAGAAAGCUUUCUAAUGAGAUAAGAAACCAAUUUUCUCAAAUCUCCCUUUUUUUCUUCUCCACAGAGGAGCAGCAGUGGGCAGAGAACUAUAUACACACACACCACCCAGUGGUACCAGAAGACUGCUACCCCUUCCAGCCUCUAACAGAGCCUCAGCCAGUCUCCCAGAUCCACUCAACACCACCUGUCCCAGUAGCAGUACAGCAGCCAGACUACCACAGUAUGCAAGGUCCAUACAUCCACAAGUCAAUAAAAAAGGAAAAAUACAUACAGUGGGGAAAAAAGUAUUUAGUCAGCCACCAAUUGUGUAAGUUCUCCCACUUAAAAAGAUGAGAGAGGCCUGUAAUUUUCAUCAUAGGUACACGUCAACUAUGACAGACAAAAUGAGGGGAAAAAAUCCAGAAAAUCACAUUGUAGGAUUUUUAAUGAAUUUAUUUGCAAAUUAUGGUGGAAAAUAAGUAUUUGGUCAAUAACAAAAGUUUCUCAAUACUUUGUUAUAUACCCUUUGUUGGCAAUGACACAGGUCAAACGUUUUCUGUAAGUCUUCACAAGGUUUUCACACACUGUUGCUGGUAUUUUGGCCCAUUCCUCCAUGCAGAUCUCCUCUAGAGCAGUGAUGUUUUGGGGCUGUCGCUGGGCAACACGGACUUUCAACUCCCUCCAAAGAUUUUCUAUGGGGUUGAGAUCUGGAGACUGGCUAGGCCACUCCAGGACCUUGAAAUGCUUCUUACGAAGCCACUCCUUCGUUGCCCGGGCGGUGUGUUUGGGAUCAUUGUCGUGCUGAAAGACCCAGCCACGUUUCAUCUUCAAUGCCCUUGCUGAUGGAAGGAGGUUUUCACUCAAAAUCUCACGAUACAUGGCCCCAUUCAUUCGUCCUGGUCCCUUUGCAGAAAAACAGCCCCAAAGCAUGAUGUUUCCACCCCCAUGCUUCACAGUAGGUAUUGUGUUCUUUGGAUGCAACUCAGCAUUCUUUGUCCUCCAAACACGACGAGUUGAGUUUUUACCAAAAAGUUCUAUUUUGGUUUCAUCUGACCAUAUGACAUUCUCCCAAUCCUCUUCUGGAUCAUCCAAAUGCACUCUAGCAAACUUCAGACGGGCCUGGACAUGUACUGGCUUAAGCAGGGGGACACGUCUUGCACUGCAGGAUUUGAGUCCCUGGCGGCGUAGUGUGUUACUGAUGGUAGGCUUUGUUACUUUGGUCCCAGCUCUCUGCAGGUCAUUCACUAGGUCCCCCCGUGUGGUUCUGGGAUUUUUGCUCACCGUUCUUGUGAUCAUUUUGACCCCACGGGGUGAGAUCUUGCCCCAGAUCGAGGGAGAUUAUCAGUGGUCUUGUAUGUCUUCCAUUUCCUAAUAAUUGCUCCCACAGUUGAUUUCUUCAAACCAAGCUGCUUACCUAUUGCAGAUUCAGUCUUCCCAGCCUGGUGCAGGUCUACAAUUUUGUUUCUGGUGUCCUUUGACAGCUCUUUGGUCUUGGCCAUAGUGGAGUUUGGAGUGUGACUGUUUGAGGUUGUGGACAGGUGUCUUUUAUACUGAUAACAAGUUCAAACAGGUGCCAUUAAUACAGGUAGUGAGUGGAGGACAGAGGAGCCUCUUAAAGAAGAAGUUACAGGUCUGUGAGAGCCAGAAAUCUUGCUUGUUUGUAGGUGACCAAAUACUUAUUUUCCACCAUAAUUUGCAAAUAAAUUCAUAAAAAAUCCUACAAUGUGAUUUUCUGGAUUUUUUUCCUCAAUUUGUCUGUCAUAGUUGACGUGUACCUAUGAUGAAAAUUACAGGCCUCUCUCAUCUUUUUAAGUGGGAGAACUUGCACAAUUGGUGGCUGACUAAAUACUUUUUUCCCCCACUGUACAUACAACUUGUUGUUAUUGUGUAAAUACCUUUUUACCAUGUAGUUCUAAUCAUUUCUGUACUGUAAAAUAAAGUGCACUUCAGUCAUGUAGUAAAAUGUGACCUAUUUGAAGACUUCUCCCAUCUCCCCACAGUGAACCAGGAUGCCCUGCUCAACCUGCCUGCUGCCCAGCCGUCUCUCUUGGACCUGGAGAUCACCAUCUCCUACAGGAGGAGAGAGAUGCUGAAGACCCAGGUGUCAGGCCCCAGGGUUCAGCUCCACUACCAGUGUGAUGCCCCUGAGCCCAACGCCCAGACCCUCUGCUUCCCAAGCACUGACGGCCUGCUAGACCACAAACAGGUAGGGGUGCUGCUACUACAUUUACAUUUACGUCAUUUAGCAGACGCUCUUAUCCAGAGCGACUUACAAAUUGGUGCAUUCACCUUAUAGCCAGUGGGAUAACACUUUACAAUAUGUAUUUUUUCUUUUUUCUUUUUUUGGGGGGUGGGGUAAGGGGGGGUAGAAGGAUUACUUUAUCCUAUCCCAGGUAUUCCUUAAAGAGGUGGGGUUUCAAGUGUCUCCGGAAGGUGGUGAGUGACUCCGCUGUCCUGGCGUCGUGAGGGAGCUUGUUCCACCAUUGGGGUGCCAGAGCAGCAAACAGUUUUGACUGGGCUGAGCGGGAACUGUGCUUCCGCAGAGGUAGGGGGGCCAGCAGGCCAGAGGUGGAUGAACGCAAUGCCCUCGUUUGGGUGUAGGGACUGAUCAGAGCCUGAAGGUACGGAGGUGCCGUUCCCCUCACAGCUCCGUAGGCAAGGACCAUGGUCUUGUAGCAGAUGCGAGCUUCAACUGGAAGCCAGUGGAGUGUGCGGAGGAGCGGGGUGACGUGAGAGAACUUGGGAAGGUUGAACACCAGACGGGCUGCGGCAUUCUGGAUGAGUUGUAGGGGUUUAAUGGCACAGGCAGGGAGCCCAGCCAACAGCGAGUUGCAGUAAUCCAGACGGGAGAUGACAAGUGCCUGGAUUAGGACCUGUGCCGCUUCCUGUGUAAGGCAGUGUCGUACUCUCCGAAUGUUGUAGAGCAUGAACCUACAGGAUCGGGUCACCGCCUUGAUGUUAGCGGAGAACGACAGGGUGUUUUCCAGGGUCACGCCAAGGCUCUUCGCACUCUGGGAGGAGGACACAAUGGAGUUGUCAACCGUGAUGGUGAGAUCAUGGAACGGGCAGUCCUUCCCCGGGAGGAAGAGCAGCUCCGUCUUGCAGAGGUUCAGCUUGAGGUGGUGAUCCGUCAUCCACACUGAUAUGUCUGCCAGACAUGCAGAGAUGCUAUAUGGCGUUCUGUGUACAUACCUGUGGUUUUCGAAUGUGUGUCUUUGUUGGAUGCAAGUGAAACUGACUGGUCAUUCACUAGCAAUGCACAUAGCAUUAAGAAACACUAUCAACAAGUCUUAGCAACAUUUUUUUUUUCAACAAUUUUUUAAAUCCCAGACUAACUUCUCUGUACCUCUUUGUUCCUCUGCCUCCAUUUCCACCAGAUUGAAUACACCAACCGCAUCCUAGGGAGCGUCCAAAGGGGUCUUCUCCUGGAGAUACGAAAUACGGGUAUCUAUGGUUACCGGCAGGACAAAUGCCAUGUGUUCUCCAGUACUAGUGACCCCAGAGAGGCACACCCUGAACCCAGGAAGAUGCCCCAAAAUGAAAUGGUACAACUGUUGAGCUUCGACAAGUACAUGAGUGGUAAGUUUGGCUCACUGGAUUACACAAAGACCAUGAAGACAGCUAUGAAGAAUAAGCUCAGACACACACACACACCUCUCAGAGAUAGACACAAAUCACUAUCAGUAUAAUGCUAACCUCUGUCCAUUUGUCUAAUGUCAGUGUUUUGACAUCCAUUAACCCUUUUAGAGCUGAUAGCAUUUAAGGAGAACAGAGGAGGCUCUCCUGACUAUACCAUCCACAUGUGCUUUGGAGAGAAGUUCCCAGACGGAAAACCCCUGGAGAAGAAACUCAUCAUUGUCAAGGUAAAACCAUCUCUCUCAUGAGCUUCAACCAUCAUUGUUGGUUAAGGGCUUGUAAGCAAGUAUUUCACUGUAAGGUCUACACCUGUUGUAUUCGGCGCAUGUGGCAAAUAACAUUUGAUUUGAUUUGAACAGCCAGCUUAGAGUAACGUAGAACAAAUUGGUUAUGAACUAAUAUUUAUUGCGUGUAAUCUAAUGCAAUUACUGCAUAUGCAAUUUUUUGAAAUAAUCUCUUCUGUCUCUAAUGCUUUUCCUCUCCCUACCACUCCACUUUCCUCUCAUCCCACCUUCUCUCCGUUUCCCCCUCGCUUCCCAGGUGGUUCCCUUGAUCUGUCGUCACUUCCACGAGGUGGCCCAGGGGGAGGGGGCGUCUUCCCUCCAGAACGACAACAUCAGCCUGCAGAUCUCCCACCACAACAGCCUGAUGGAGCUUAUCAGUGCCACCUGGCUCGACGGCCCAGAGCACACCAUGGAGCAAUACUUCUAG